AGGGAGGGAAAACCUCAAAAUGCCACGUUUGGGCAUCAUCCAAAUUUUGUCCACCUGACAAAACCCUAUUGGUUCAUUACCGUGCUGCCACGGAAGGGGUUUAACUUCCGCCAUCAAAACUCGAGGAAGCUUUCCCGAGGCUUGAUUCUAGAUCUGCGUUUCUACCGCACGUCUUCUUCCCAGGCCGAUCCAGAGUUUUUUGAAAAUGGGCAGAGGAUUCAGAGUGCUGCAUCUAGUCAAGCCAUUUCUCUCAUUUCUGCCAGAAGUUCAGAGUGCUGAUAGAAAGAUUCCCUUUAGAGAGAAGGUCAUAUACAAUGUGAUCUCUCUUUUCAUCUUCUUAGUCUGCAGUCAGCUACCUCUUUAUGGCAUACAUUCCACAACUAGUGCCGAUCCCUUUUAUUGGAUGCGUGUUAUUCUUGCUUCUAACCGUGGUACCGUCAUGGAGCUUGGAAUCACACCAAUCGUCACUGCUGGGAUGGUGAUGCAACUAUUGGCUGGUUCAAAAAUCAUCGAAGUUGACAAUAAUGUCAGAGAGGAUCGUGAACUUUUGUGAGUUUGACUGCACUAAUCUUUCCUUCCGUUCUGAACGUUACUCCCUCCGUCUUAAAAUUUACUUCCCACUUUUCCUUUUGUGAUGUCCUAAAAUUUUCUUCCCAUUACUUUUAAAAGAGUUUCCACUUAAAGAACAAUUUGUGUGCUUGGCAUUCUUUCUACCAUUUUAAAUAAACCACAAUCACACAUUGAUUCUAAUUUCUUAACAAGUGCACCAAGGUUCAAAAGUAUUUGAAUGUAUAUAAUUCAAAAAGUUGCAAAGAUUGGUACUGAGGUACUGGAGGCAGUAUUGAGGAACUGUUGGCAAGUACCAAAAUAGAAGGAAACAUUUUGUCUUCAAAGCAUUCCUUGACUAAUACUACCUUUGGGCGGUAAUGAGGUACCCUAGGUGGUACUGAGAUACCUUAGGCAAUACUAAGGUACCGUUUGAGGUACUGAAAUAGUAGAAAGGGUUCUUGUUAGAGAAAACCUUCUGUUGAACACGAUUUGGCCAAAACACUCCAAGUUUAGAAUCUAUUGCAUAGAAGAAAGGGAUGUUAAUGGUAGGUUUUAAACUUGAUAUCAUGAGUCACUGAGUGCUUUGGGCUCGUGAAUAUUUAUAUAGGUAUAUAAAAACAUAUUCUUUACGAGAGCUUUACCAAUAUUCUAUGUUGGUUCUAUGUACGGCUUUGUUCUUGAGAAUCAACACGUUAAUGGGUUCGGGUUGUAGGCUUGUAGAUGAAAUGCUCGUAACAACAUUAGUUCUUAUAUUGUUUGUUAACAUUAAAGCUAAAAGAUUUAGCAAACCAUGGCUAGUCGAGUCAUGGAGAUAGGUUCAUCUUUGCACCACAUAAAUUAAUGAUACUUGUUGUAUAACAUACUACUAUUUUCAUUUAUAUGACUUUCAUAUCAAUGCUCCUACUUUUAUUGAUAUGCCUUUCAUAUCAUUGUUAUCGUGUGGUUGACUACUUGACUAGUUGUCCGCUCGCGAGGGAGAUAACGGCCAGGCUAACUGCCUGGCCUGUUUUGGCAUUAUGAUCAAUUGUCCUCGAUAUAUGACUCUUUUUUUUUGGGGGGGGGGGACAGUGGUAUUAUUGGCCUUUUUAAAAGAAACAUAAAUCAAUGUGAUGGAGCCAUCUACAUACAUUCAUCUAUGUACCAUUUUAACUGUUAUCAUAAUAUUCUCUAGGAUCCAUCUUAUGUCCUAUCACGGAUGUACGGAAGUGUGAACCAAUUGGGUGUUGGGAAUGCCAUUCUAAUUAUUAUCCAACUUUGCUUUGCGGGUAUUAUUGUUAUGUGUUUAGAUGAGCUCCUCUAGAAAGGAUAUGGUCUUGGUUCUGGGACCCUGUUUAUAGCUACCAAUUUCUGGUAAUAUUACCAAUAUUUUAUUCAUCCCUGAAUGUUGUUAUUUGAGGGGUUUUUGUCCUUAUAUAUAACUCAUGUAUUUUGAUGAAUGUUUAAUUCUAUAAUUAUGUUCCAGUGAAAGUAUAAUCUGGAAAGCGUUCAGUCCAACAACCAUUAAUACUGGUCGUGGUGCUGAGUUUGAAGGUGCUAUUAUUGCUUUGUUUCAUCUACUGAUAGCUCGAACAGACAAAGGGCUCUUAGAGAGGCUUUCUACCGGCAAAAUCUUCCUAAUGUUAUCAACCUCCUUGCCACAGUUUUGAUCUUCUGUGUUGAAUUAAAUAUUGAAGUUUUAU